GGGAGCAGUGUUGCCGUUAUUUGCAACACUUUUGGUACCGCUGCAAUCGAAUGAACAAAGAUUCCACAUACAGUAAAAAUAGAAAAGAUGUGAGGCGUGCUUUGUGACAGUUCUCGAUGUCAAACGAACCAAAGUCGUUUUUUAGUGAAACUUCGGAAGUCCUGGUGUAGAAAGUGCAGCACCAUCGGCCCAAAACUAUGAUGAUUCGACGACCGCUCUGGUUGAUCGUGUUAAUCCUAUUCGGCGUGCUUGUGCAUACGUCGCUGCAGUUCAACGAUGCGUUCGACGAGGAGCUCCUAAUCAAGCCACUCCCCGAUGGAUUCGUCUACAGCUACUUCCAGUUCACGACACGGUGGGACGUAUCGCAGAACGACAGUCUACUCCACACUCACCUGAUGUCGCGAUCGCUGACUGAGCUGUUCUACCACUAUGGUGUCAGUGAACUGCACCUGAGCUUCACCAACGGUAUGUGGCGCUACGAAAACUGGGGCUUCCCGGUGGUGGACGCCGGCCCCGGUGCCGAAGUGUGGGCCUGGUUCGAACCCCCGGCGGACGAUGCCGAAGUGGACCACAAAUGGAAACAGCUGUGUGGUACGCUUUCGGGGCUGUUUUGCGCAUCAUUGAGCUUCGUGGACCGGACCAACACCUUCCGGCCGGAGUAUUCGCUAAGGCCGAUGACGCACCGGUUCGAAGGGAUGGGGCAGGCGAAGGUGCGAUACGCGGCACUACCUCGGGAGAUCGUUUGUACGGAGAAUUUGACGCCGUGGAAGAAACUGCUACCGUGUAAGUUGAGGGAGGGGUUGGUCUCGCUGCUGACGGCGGAUCAUGUGUACUCGGGGAAUUACCAUUCGCUGGCGGUUCAUAUGAGGAAGUUGUGCGUCGAUGCGGACUGCAGCGAGUUUCAGUUGGAGGUACGUCAGAGCGUGAGUCUGGUCCAGGAUCAACGAUUGUUUGGAGGGAAGGAUUGGUCCAUCAGGAAGUUGUUUGGGCAAGGGAUCGAAGGGGCCUGUGUGCUGGCCACUAGUAGCAAGGUGUAUGUCGACGUUACGGAUAGGAACUACGACAUGACUCAAAUGCCUACAAACGUGAUCCGAUCGAUCCGAGGUGGAGCGAACUCGGUUCUGCACGAGUACGACCUGAAGGAGUUUGAGAAGAAGCAGCGAAUGUUCAACGUGGCGGCAGUGGACAAAAACGAUCCCAAUGUGAUCGCCUUAACGUCGCAGCCUCCGAUCUUUUCGAAGCGGUUCAUUUCCGGUGUAGGACAAGAGCGCGGACGGAUCGUAACCCGUAUAACCAAUAGCCAUUGGGCGGAUUUGAAUCUGAUAAUUUUCGAAAACAUUCCUUGGUUCGUACCGAUCUACUUGCACACUCUGAGGAUCACACGAGGAGAUCAGCGAAUCGAACCUCGCACCGUUAAGUACAUUCCAGGUCGACAGCGGGAGCGGCCGUCCCAUCUAGAGAUCGCCUUGAUCAUUCCAACCCGUUCGACCAUCGAACUAUCGAUCGACUUCGACUACAUCUUCCUCAAGUGGCAAGAGUACCCGCCGGAUGCCAGCCACGGACAUUAUCUGCAACCAUCGAUCAUCUCAGUUCUUCUGCCAGUGGCGCGCAACUACUCCUCCUUGCCGCGAGAAGCUUCGCUGCUGCGGGAAUCCUUCAACGCUACCCAACCGAAUGGCUACUUCUUGCAAAUCCGUACGGAAGCUCUUCUACUGACGCUUCCCAUUCCGGACUUCAGCAUGCCGUACAAUGUGAUCUGCCUGGCCUGUACGGUCGUGGCGUUGGCUUUCGGGCCAAUUCACAACAUUUCCACUAAGCGAAUCGUAGCCAAGAGCAAGGAACCAGCCAAACCAAAGCUGACCGAUAAGAUUAAAGGCUGGUUCGGUCGCAAGCGCAAGAAGACCGAAGAAGAGAAGACUGAGACCGCUCCCAUUGCUGGGGACGAUAAGUGAGUAGGUUUACAUUUAAUAAAACUAAAGCAAUUCUAAGUCAUUUCAAAUAAAACUAGUUGGAAACGUAA